CAUGAAUACAGUCGCUACAGUUGUGUGGUGUUGCUGAGCCUCGUGAUGCAGACGUCGGGGAGCCAGAGACUCAAUUCCCCUCGACGGCUCAGCAUUUCGACUUGAACAAUUAAUUGCGUUCACAUUCACUUUGACCUUUACGUCUUGAAGCGAAGGGGAAUGAAAUAUUAUUUAUUAUAAUUCACCUUAUUGUUAUUUCGUGUUUCAUUCGCUUGUGUAUACAUUUUCUUCACUUAAUCUGCUGAAAGACGGUGAAGACUACAUGAGACUCAAGGAGGGCCUGUGACUUCUUUAUCAGUUUUUUUUUUUUUUUUUUUUUUUUUUUGUGUGUGUAACCUUCCUGGUGGAUGCGUCAUCAUCUCAAGCUGUGAUCAGCAGCAUAGUGGGUCAGCAUGGCGGACGUGGACCCAGACACCCUGCUGGAAUGGCUCCAGAUGGGCCAAGGGGAUGAGAGAGACAUGCAGCUCAUCGCCCUGGAGCAGCUCUGCAUGCUGCUUCUCAUGUCUGACAACGUUGACCGCUGCUUUGAAACGUGUCCCCCCAGAACGUUCCUUCCUGCACUAUGCAAGAUCUUCCUGGACGAGAGCGCCCCGGACAACGUGCUGGAGGUGACGGCCCGCGCCAUCACGUACUACCUGGACGUGUCGGCCGAGUGCACGCGCAGGAUCGUGGGCGUGGACGGGGCCAUCAAGGCGCUGUGCAACCGGCUGGUGGUGGUGGAGCUCAACAACCGCACCAGCCGGGACCUGGCAGAGCAGUGCGUCAAGGUGCUGGAGCUGAUCUGCACGCGGGAGUCCGGCGCCGUGUUUGAGGCGGGGGGGCUGAACUGCGUGCUGAGCUUCAUACGGGACAGCGGCCACCUGGUGCACAAAGACACGCUGCACUCGGCCAUGGCCGUGGUGUCGCGCCUCUGCGGCAAGAUGGAGCCCCAGGACCCUUCUCUGGAGACCUGCGUGGAGUCUCUGUCCAGCCUGCUCAAGCACGAGGACCACCAGGUGUCUGACGGGGCUCUACGCUGCUUCGCCUCCCUGGCGGACCGCUUCACCCGCCGCGGGGUGGACCCUGCGCCCCUGGCCAAGCACGGCCUGACCGAGGAGCUCCUGUCCCGCAUGGCGGCUGCCGGGGGGGCCGUCUCCGGCCCCUCCUCCACCUGUAAACCCGGGCGCACCUCCACCGGAGCCACCCCCUCGGCCGCCGACUCCAAGCUGAGUAACCAGGUCUCCACCAUCGUCAGCCUGCUGUCCACCCUCUGCCGGGGAUCCCCGCUCGUCACUCAUGACCUGCUGCGCUCCGAGCUGCCGGACUCCAUGGAGAGCGCCCUGCAGGGAGACGAGCGCUGCGUGCUGGACACCAUGCGGCUGGUGGACCUGCUGCUGGUGCUGCUGUUCGAGGGCCGCAAGGCCCUGCCCAAAUCCACCGCCGGCUCCACGGGCCGCAUCCCGGGCCUGCGCAGGCUGGACAGCUCCGGCGAGCGCUCCCACAGGCAGCUCAUCGACUGCAUCCGCAGCAAGGACACGGACGCGCUCAUCGACGCCAUCGACACCGGAGCCUUUGAAGUGAAUUUCAUGGAUGAUGUGGGGCAGACUCUUUUGAACUGGGCCUCUGCCUUUGGUACACAGGAAAUGGUGGAGUUCCUCUGUGAAAGAGGUGCUGAUGUCAACCGGGGUCAGAGGUCAUCUUCUCUACAUUAUGCCGCCUGCUUUGGUCGACCUCAGGUAGCAAAGACUUUGUUACGACAUGGAGCCAAUCCUGACCUAAGAGAUGAGGAUGGGAAAACUCCGUUGGAUAAAGCGAGAGAGAGGGGUCACAGCGAGGUCGUGGCCAUCCUUCAGUCUCCUGGAGACUGGAUGUGCCCUGUCAACAAAGGGGAUGACAAGAAAAAGAAAGAUGUGAACAAGGAGGAGGAGGAGAGCAAUGAACCAAAAGGGGACCCCGAAAUGGCCCCCACCUAUCUGAAGAGGCUGCUCCCUGUGUUUGCUCAGACAUUUCAGCAAACCAUGCUACCCUCAAUCAGGAAAGCCAGCCUGGCCCUAAUCCGGAAGAUGAUCCACUACAGCUCAGAAGCGCUGCUGAAGGAGGUGUGCAACUCGGACUCGGGUCACAACCUGCCCACCGUGUUGGUGGAGAUUACUGCCACCGUCCUGGACCAGGAGGACGACGAUGACGGUCACCUACUGGCCCUGCAGAUCAUCAGGGAUCUGGUGGACAAAGGCGGGGACGUGUUCCUGGACCAGCUGGCCAGGCUUGGGGUCAUUAACAAAGUGUCCACCCUGGCCGGGCCUACCUCUGACGAUGAGAACGAGGAGGAGUCCAAACCUGAGAAGGAGGACGAGCCUCAGGAGGAUGCCAAAGAAAUCCAGCAGGGAAAGCCGUACCACUGGAGGGACUGGUCCAUCAUCCGCGGCCGCGACUGCCUGUACAUCUGGAGUGAUGCCGCCGCGCUGGAGCUCUCUAACGGCAGCAAUGGCUGGUUCCGAUUCAUCCUGGACGGCAAGCUGGCCACCAUGUAUUCCAGUGGCAGCCCCGAGGGGGGAUCGGACAGCUCAGAGAGCAGGAGUGAGUUCCUGGAGAAGCUGCAGAGAGCACGCAGUCAGGUGAAGCCAGCGACAGCCAGCCAGCCCGUCCUGUCUGCACUUGGGCCCACCAAGUUGACCGUGGGAAACUGGUCCCUCACCUGCCUGAAGGAGGGCGAGAUUGCCAUCCACAACUCGGACGGCCAGCAAGCCACAAUCCUCAAGGAGGAUCUGCCAGGCUUCGUCUUCGAGUCUAACCGGGGCACCAAGCACUCCUUCACCGCAGAAACCUCCCUGGGGUCAGAGUUUGUGACUGGCUGGACUGGGAAAAGAGGAAGGAAGCUCAAAUCAAAAUUGGAAAAAACUAAACAGAAGGUGAAGACCAUGGCCAGAGAUCUUUAUGACGAUCACUUCAAGGCUGUGGAGAGCAUGCCCAGAGGAGUGGUGGUCACUCUGAGGAACAUCGCCACCCAGCUGGAGUCUGCCUGGGAGCUGCAUACCAACAGACAGUGUAUUGAGGGGGAGAACACAUGGCGAGACCUGAUGAAAACUGCCCUGGAGAAUUUGAUUGUGGUCCUGAAGGAUGAAAACACGAUUUCUCCCUACGAAAUGUGUAGCAGUGGCCUGGUGCAAGCACUUUUUACAGUCCUCAACAAUAGUGUGGACCUCGAUGUGAAACAUGAUUGUAAGCCAUUGAUGGAAAGAAUAAAUGUAUUUAAAACUGCUUUCAGUGAAAACGAAGAUGACGAAAGCCGACCCGCAGUUGCCUUAAUCCGAAAGCUGAUAGCAGUUCUGGAGUCCAUCGAAAGGCUACCUCUUCAUCUCUAUGACACACCAGGCUCCACGUACAACCUGCAGAUUCUGACCCGGAGGCUGCGGUUCCGCCUGGAGAGGGCUCCUGGUGAGACCGCUCUGAUCGAUCGCACUGGCAGGAUGCUGAAGAUGGAACCUCUGGCCACCGUGGAGUCACUGGAGCAGUACUUACUCAAAAUGGUGGCUAAGCAAUGGUACGACUUCGACAGAUCGUCCUUCAUCUUCGUCAGGAAGCUGCGUGAAGGCCAAAUGUUUACAUUCAGGCACCAGCACGACUUCGAUGAGAACGGGAUCGUUUACUGGAUCGGCACUAACGCAAAAACUGCGUAUGAAUGGGUGAACCCUGCGGCCUACGGGCUCGUAGUGGUGACCUCAUCAGAGGGCCGGAACCUGCCCUACGGACGUUUGGAGGACAUCCUCAGCCGGGACAGCUCUGCCCUCAACUGCCACACCAACGACGACAAGAACGCCUGGUUCGCCAUCGACCUGGGCCUGUGGGUCAUCCCCUCGGCCUACACCCUGCGGCACGCCCGUGGGUACGGCCGCUCCGCCCUCCGCAACUGGGUCUUCCAGGUGUCCAAGGACGGCCAGAACUGGAUGACCCUGUACACCCACGUGGACGACUGCAGCCUGAAUGAGCCAGGGUCUACAGCGACGUGGCCUCUGGACCCUUCCAAAGACGAGAAGCAGGGCUGGAGGCACAUUCGCAUCAGGCAGAUGGGGAAGAACGCAAGCGGACAGACUCACUACCUGUCCUUGUCGGGGCUGGAGCUGUACGGCACUGUCAGUGGCGUCUGUGAGGACCAACUGGGGAAAGCGGUGAAGGAGGCGGAGGCCAAUCUUCGCAGGCAGAGACGCCUCUUCCGCUCCCAGGUGAUGAAGUACAUCGUACCCGGAGCGCGCGUGGUGCGCGGCAUCGACUGGAAGUGGAGGGACCAGGAUGGCAACCCAGCGGGGGAGGGCACCGUCACAGGGGAGGCCCACAACGGGUGGAUUGAUGUCACCUGGGAUGCUGGUGGCUCAAACUCUUACCGUAUGGGUGCAGAAGGAAAAUUUGACCUCAAGCUUGCGCCAGGGUACGACCCUGAGUCUGCGCCGUCACCCAAACCUGUCUCAUCCACUGUUUCAGGCACAGCGCAGUCCUGGAGCAGCCUGGGGAAAAAUAACUGUCCAGACAAGGGGGGCUCCUCUUCGGGGGCGGGGGCCAGCUCCUCCAGCCGGAAGGGCAGUAGCAGCUCCGUGUGUAGCGUGGCCAGCAGCAGCGAUAUCAGUCUGAGCUCCGCCAAGCUGGAGCGGCGGGCCGAGGGCCUGCUGGAGCAGGGGGGGGGCCCCGGGGGGGCGGCCCCAGGGGCCGAGAGCCAGGAGCCCAUAGUGGUGCUGUCCUCGGCGGAGGCGGGCUCCGCCUCCAGCACCAGCACGUUAACGGCCGACACGGGCGGCGACGGCGCCGAGCGCAAGCCGGACGGCACCCUCCGGCCGGCCGCCGACCCGGCCGCCAUCUCCAUGGGACUAGUCAGCGUGAGCUCGCCGGACGUCAGCUCGGUCUCGGAGUCCUCCAGCAAGGACACGCCUUCCCAGAGGCCCCUGUGCUCGGCGGCCAGCGCCCGGCUGUCGGUCAGCUCCCUGCUGGCCGCGGGCGCGCCCAUGAGCUCCAGCGCCAGCGUGCCCAACCUCUCCUCCCGCGAAGCCAGCCUCAUGGAGUCGUUUGUGCGCCGAGCGCCCAACAUGUCCCGCACCAAUGCCACCAACAACAUGAACCUGAGCCGCUCCAGCAGCGACAACAACACUAACACCCUGGGCCGCAACGUCAUGAGCACUGCCACUUCUCCUCUCAUGGGUGCUCAGAGCUUUCCUAACCUCACAACCACUGGUACCACCUCCACCGUUACAAUGUCCACUUCCAUAGUAACCAGCAGCAAUAAUGUAGCCACGGCAACCACAGGUUUGUCCGUUGGCCAGUUGCUCAGUAACACGCUGACGACCAGCCUGACUUCCACUUCUAGUGAGAGCGACACAGGUCAGGAGGCUGAGUUUUCCCUCUAUGACUUCCUGGACAGUUGCCGUGCCAACACACUGCUGGCUGAGCUGGACGAUGAGGAAGACCUUCCUGAGCCGGACGAGGACGAGGACGAGAACGAGGAUGACAAUCAGGAGGAUCCGGAGUAUGAGGAGGUUCUGGAGGAAGAGGAGUAUGAAACUAAAGGGGGCCGGCGCAGGACCUGGGACGACGAUUUCGUACUCAAGCGUCAGUUCUCUGCUCUUGUCCCCGCGUUUGACCCCCGACCAGGCAGGACCAACGUCCAGCAAACCACCGACUUGGAGAUACCUCCACCAGGUACCCCUCGCUCUGAGGUGCAGGAGGAGGUGGAGUGUGCCCCCUCGCCACAUCUGGCCCUCGUCCUGAAAGUGUCCGGCCUUGGCACCACCCGAGAGGUGGAGCUGCCCCUCUCCAAUUACAAGUCCACCAUCUUCUACUAUGUACAGAAACUGCUGCAGCUCUCCUGCAAUGGGAGCGUCAAAUCGGACAAACUCCGGCGCGUCUGGGAGCCCACGUACACGAUAAUGUACAGAGAAAUGAAGGAUUCUGACAAAGAGAAAGAAAGUGGGAAAAUGGGUUGCUGGUCUGUAGAGCAUGUGGAACAGUACCUUGGCACUGAUGAAUUACCAAAGAAUGACUUGAUAACCUACAUGCAGAAGAAUGCAGACUCGUCUUUCCUGCGCCACUGGAAAUUAACCGGCACUAAUAAAAGUAUUAGGAAAAACAGAAAUUGUUCUCAGCUCAUAGCUGCAUACAAGGACUUCUGCGAGCACGGCUGCAGGUCCGCAGGCUCCAGCCCCGGCUCCCUGGUGGCGACGCAGAGCUGCGACAUCCUGAGCGCCUUGCGCGAGCCGGCCCAGGCCAAGGCCGGCACGGGCCAGAGCGCCUGCGGCAUGGAGGACGUUCUGCAGCUGCUGCGCAUCCUCUUCAUCAUCGGCGGGGACGCCCACACCGGCCGCUCGCUGCAGGAAGAAGUGGACGAUCUUCAGUUCAACGCGUCUCCAGAGGAGUUCACCAGCAAAAAGGUCACCACUAAAAUCCUACAACAGAUUGAGGAACCCCUGGCCCUGGCCAGCGGGGCCCUUCCUGACUGGUGUGAGCAGCUGACCAGCAAGUGUCCUUUCCUCAUUCCCUUUGAGACCAGGCAGCUCUACUUUACCUGCACAGCAUUUGGAGCAUCCAGGGCCAUCGUGUGGCUGCAGAACCGGCGGGAGGCCACGAUGGAGCGGUCCCGCCCCGGGACCACGGUGCGGCGGGACGACCCCGGGGAGUUCCGCGUGGGCCGGCUCAAGCACGAGCGGGUGAAGGUGCCGCGCGGCGAGAGCAUGAUGGAGUGGGCCGAGAGCGUCAUGCAGAUCCAUGCAGACAGGAAGUCUGUGCUGGAGGUGGAGUUCCUGGGUGAGGAGGGCACUGGUCUGGGCCCCACGCUGGAGUUCUAUGCCCUGGUGGCAGCCGAAUUCCAGAGGACGUCUCUUGGCAUCUGGCUCUGCGAUGACGAUUUCCCAGAUGACGAGUCACGCCAGGUGGAUCUGGGAGGGGGUCUGAAGCCCCCAGGGUAUUAUGUGCAGCGGUCCUGUGGGCUCUUCCCAGCCCCGUUCCCCCAGGAAAGUGAUGAACUGGAGCGCCUCACCAAGCUCUUCCUCUUCCUGGGCAUCUUCCUGGCCAAGUGCAUACAGGACAACCGGCUGGUGGACCUGCCCAUCUCCCGGCCUUUCUUUAAGCUGCUGUGCAUGGGCGACAUCAAGAGCAACAUGAGCAAGCUGCUGUACCAGUCGCGCGGCGAGGCCGACUUGCACUUCUCCGAGAUCCAGUCGGAGGCCUCCACCGAGGAGGGUCACGACACGCACUCGGUGGGGAGCUUCGACGAGGACUCCAAAUCAGAGUUCAUUCUGGACCCUCCCAAGCCGCGGCCCCCGGCCUGGUACCAUGGCAUCUUGACCUGGGAGGACUUUGAGCUGGUCAACCCGCACCGGGCCAAGUUCCUGAAGGAGUUGAAGGAGCUGGCAGUGAAGCGCAGGCAGAUCCUGAGCAGCAAGAGCCUGUCGGAGGACGAGAAGAACACGCGCCUGCAGGGCCUCAUGCUGAAGAACCCCACAGGCUCCGGGCCCCCGCUCAGCAUGGAGGACCUGGGGUUGAAUUUCCAGUUCUGCCCCUCUUCCAAAGUGCAUGGCUUCUCUGCUGUGGACCUGAAGCCCAACGGAGAGGAUGAGAUGGUGACCAUGGACAAUGCUGAGGAGUAUGUGGAGCUCGUGUUUGACUUCUGCAUGCACACAGGGAUCCAGAAGCAAAUGGAGGCCUUCAGGGAUGGCUUCAACCGUGUGUUCCCCAUGGAGAAGCUGAGCUCCUUCAGUCACAAGGAGGUGCAGAUGAUACUGUGUGGGAACCAGUGUCCAUCCUGGACCUCCGAGGACAUUGUCAACUACACUGAGCCCAAACUUGGCUACACUAGAGACAGCCCUGGAUUCCUGCGGUUUGUACGGGUUCUCUGUGGCAUGUCUUCAGACGAGAGAAAAGCAUUCCUGCAGUUCACCACAGGGUGCUCCACCCUGCCCCCUGGUGGCCUUGCCAACCUCCACCCUCGUCUCACCAUUGUGCGCAAGGUGGACGCCACAGACGCCAGCUACCCCUCAGUGAACACCUGUGUGCACUACCUGAAGCUGCCCGAGUACUCCUCUGAGGAGAUUAUGAGAGAGCGCCUCCUGGCUGCCACUAUGGAGAAGGGUUUCCAUCUGAACUGAGUGCUCCUUGUCACACCCUGCUCAAACUUCUGCCCCCACCCCCAACUGACCAGCCCCACACUGGUGAAGCCUGUUGUGUUUUGUUGCAAAUUAAAAAAAAAAAAAUUAAAAAAAACAAGCUGUGCUCUCUGAUGAGACCCCCCUCCCUUUUCCCCCAAAGCUUUAGAAAAUAAGUCCCAUGGUAACUCUACUAGCUACUGAAGAAGAUGCAGGGCGUCCCGUCCCCUCCCCUAUGGCACUGCAAGAGAGACUGGAACCCUGGCAGUUCCCCUGUGUUGACUCCCUCAUCGCCCAACUCUGAGCAUCUGUGUCAUGUACCACAUAGUCCCCACUUCCUGUUUGACUCCCCCGUCCACUCCGGCUCACCUCUGCCCCUCCCUGGGAGAAGAGGGGGUUGGGCAGGGGGCACCUGCAUCUAUAGGGCUGUGACUGUAGAGUGUUUGGGCAUUUCCUCAACAGGUUUUAAGUUUUACUAGUGCCUGCACCGUUUGAGUAUUAGAAUAUUUUUUCCUCUUUCGUUUUCCUUUUAUCUUACCAGCAUACAAUCAUGCUCAUGGCUUUUUUUCCCCCUUUAUUCCUUUUGGCUUUCGUUACCGUGUGAGUAUGCCCUGCUACGAGGAUCAAAGUCCCUGAGUGCAUUUGUGUAAUUUUACAAUAAAGCUAUAGAGACAAAAACACUGGUUUAGGUGCAAGGCACAUUUAAAGAAAUAAAAGCAAGCUAAGCUUUC